ACGCUUUGCCUACCAUUCUCACGCCCAUUCCGCCAUUUCUGUUCUCUCUGCGAUCACUUGCGAAAACCCAUCUCCUAAUAACUAGGAUGCUCUAGCUGCUGCAAAAUAUUCGACUUACAGUAAAACAGGAUUUGUUGAUUCCCUGAAUUUUAAACACACGAUAUAGAGCUAGAGAUGUUAGAUCCGUGUGUAUUGUAAAUGUUCUUUUCAGUGCCUGAAUAGAAAUCCUCAUCAUUUGGGCUGCACAUUACCCUAGAUUCUAUCCUCUAUUUAUUGCGGCAGAUUUUUUCUUACUCUGAAUAUAUCCACUAGGCGAAUUUGACUAUAUCAGAAAAAGUGUAGCAGCUCGGCCAUGGCGAUUGCAGCGGCGGCCGUGAUUUUGCCCCUGAGUGUUCUGUUUUUCGUCUCCGGAUUCGUCGUUAAUCUUAUUCAGGCAGUAUGUUUUGUGCUAAUAAGACCGCUUUCGAAGAACACUUACAGAACGAUUAACAGGGACGCUGCAGAACUUUUGUGGCUGGAGCUUGUGUGGCUCAUCGAUUGGUGGGCUGGAGUGAAGAUUGAAUUCUACACAGACUCUGAUACCUUUAAAUAUAUGGGUAAAGAACAUGCACUUGUCAUAUGCAACCAUAGAAGCGACAUUGAUUGGCUUGUUGGAUGGGUUAUGGCUCAGCGAUCAGGCUGCCUUGGUAGUACAUUAGCUGUUAUGAAGAAAUCUUCAAAGUUCUAUCCUGUGUUAGGAUGGUCCAUGUGGUUUUCUGAGUAUCUCUUUCUUGAAAGAAGUUGGGCAAAAGAUGAACACACCUUAAAGUUAGGACUUCAACGGUUGAGGGAUUUCCCUCGGCCGUUUUGGCUGGCACUUUUCGUUGAGGGUACUCGCUUCACACAGGCAAAACUUUUGGCUGCUCAAGAAUAUGCAUCCUCAAUGGGGCUACCAAUUCCGAAAAACGUUUUAAUUCCUCGCACUAAGGGAUUCGUUACUGCUGUGAGCCAUAUGCGCUCGUUUGUUCCAGCCAUCUAUGAUGUAACUGUAGCUAUUCCCAAAACUUCUACUUCACCAACCAUGUUACGGCUCUUUAAAGGGCAAUCGUCUGUGGUUCAUGUCCACAUAAGACGGAAAAUGAUGAAGGAUUUACCAGAAACAGACGAGGCAGUUGCUCAGUGGUGUCGGGAUGUAUUUGUUGCCAAGGACAAGUUGUUGGACAAACAUAAUGCUGAGGAUUCCUUCGGUGAUCAACUGCAACACAUCAAUCGUCCGGUGAAAUCUCUUGUGGUCAUGUGCUUGUGGACAAUUCUGAUCGUAUUGGGAUUAUUGAAGGUCGUGCAUUAUUUCUCGGUGUUUUCUUCGUGGAAAGGCAUCGCAAUUUCGACUGGUGCUCUGGGAGUCGUCAUGGCACUAAUGCAAAUGUUGAUUCAGGCCUCACAGUCGGAGAAAUCGAUCCCCGCCAAGAUCGUGCCAACGAAAUUAGGGAAUGAGGUGGAGCUGUCGGAGAGUAACCGGCAGGAUAAGGCUAAGGGUAAGAAACAGUAAGUGAACUCUUGUUCCUCGUGCAAACUCGCCGCCGGCCAUGUAUGUUUUAUUAUUAGUAUUAUUGUUAUUACCGGACAAAGUUAAAAAAAGAAAAUGUAUCAAAUUGUCAAUUUGGACUAUUCCCAUCUUUUAUUUAUUGAUAGGAAUUGGACCA